AAUUGCCUUGGAAGAUGAUGUUAACAAGAAUUAAGAAAGAAAAGCCCAACUUCUGCUUUCAUGACAAAGACCCUGGAAUCUGCCGAGGCUAUUUUUCCAGGUAUUUCUAUAACAAAGAGACAAAGAUAUGUGAAGUAUUCAAGUAUGGUGGGUGCCUAGGAAACCAGAACAACUUCAAGAAUUUGGAAGAAUGCCAGACUACCUGCCAAGGCAACUCAAAUUUAUUGCCAAUUGUUCCAGCUGAAGAGCACCCUAACACUGCGAACAGUAGUUCCCCAGAGGAAGAACCCAACCAGUUUCCUGGGAUUUUUGUCAAUUUGUUGCCAACUGCUCCAAAUGAGAAGCCCAACACUCUGAACAGUAGUUCCCCAGAGGAGGAGCGUAACCAGUUUCCCAUUUUUUUUGAACCACCUCCUAUCCCUUCUUUGUGCAUGACCCCUAUGGACAGAGGACUUUGCAGAGCCAAAGAGUUAAGAUAUUUCUACAACUACUCCACUGGAAGAUGUCGCCCGUUUAGCUACAGUGGAUGUGGUGGGAAUGAAAAUAAUUUCACCUCCAGAAAGUCAUGUUUGAGGAUCUGCAAGAAAGGAUUCAAUAAAAAAAAAGGCGAAAGAAGAUUAAUAAAAAUCAAGAAGAAAAGAAAGAAACAGUCAGCAAAGGCUCCGGGUGAGGAAAUCAUCCCUGAAAGAAUACAACUUUGA